CUAACGCCAUCACACGCAGCGGCUACGACGAGCAGCACGGCGACAUCAGUGCCACCACAGCAGCGCAGUCUUUAUUACUGCCAAUUUAUUUCUCUGUAACGGCAAUGGAGUACAGUGCUGCGGGUUAUUAGGCGCGUUUAAACUGGGGCCUCUGUUUUGGGCGGCGCACAAAGCAAUGUGGAGGAAAUAAAGAUCCUGAUACGCUGAAAACCAGAGAUUAUAGAUAAUGGGCUGUGUGCAAUGCAAGGAUAAGGAAGCAACCAAACUCACAGACAACCGAGAAACCAGCAUCUCCCAUGAAGCGGGCUACCACUAUGGGGCAGACCCCACACCGCAGCACUACCCCAAUUUCGGGGUCACCGCCAUCCCCAACUACAACAACUUCCACGCCCCCGUCGGACAGGGGAUGACCGUCUUCGGAGGGGUCAGCACUUCCUCUCACACCGGAACCCUGAGGACUCGUGGUGGAACUGGAGUCACCCUCUUUGUGGCACUUUACGACUACGAGGCACGGACAGAAGACGACCUCAGCUUCAGGAAAGGAGAGCGGUUCCAGAUUAUCAACAGCACUGAAGGGGACUGGUGGGACGCUCGCUCCCUCACCACCGGUGGCAGCGGCUACAUUCCCAGUAAUUACGUGGCUCCCGUGGACUCCAUCCAGGCUGAGGACUGGUACUUUGGCAAACUGGGCCGUAAAGACGCAGAGAGGCAGCUGCUGUCCACCGGCAACCCGCGGGGCACCUAUCUCAUUCGUGAAAGUGAAACCACAAAGGGCGCCUUCUCCUUGUCCAUACGAGACUGGGACGAUGUUAAAGGCGACCACGUCAAGCAUUAUAAGAUCCGUAAGCUGGACAGCGGCGGCUACUACAUCACCACCAGGGCUCAGUUUGAAACAUUGCAGCAACUGGUUCAGCACUACUCAGACCGAGCCGCUGGGCUCUGCUGUCGCUUGGUGGUACCCUGCCACAAAGGGAUGCCACGCCUCGCCGACCUCUCCGUCAAAACCAAAGACGUGUGGGAGAUCCCACGGGAGUCGCUGCAGCUAAUCAAGCGUCUCGGGAACGGGCAGUUUGGGGAGGUCUGGAUGGAGAGUGCGGAUGGUUUGUGCUUUAAUUUAACGGGCGUGUGUGUGAACUACAUCCCUGACACUGUGGGCUUGAGUCAUGAUGCCUGGGAGAUCAGCAGAGACGCACUUGAGUUGGAAGUAAAGCUGGGCACAGGAUGUUUUGCUGAUGUGUUUUAUGGAACGUGGAACGGCACCACUAAGGUGGCGGUGAAGACUCUGAAGCCUGGCACCAUGUCCCCAGAGUCCUUCCUGGAGGAGGCUCAGAUCAUGAAGAAACUGCGCCAUGACAAGCUGGUGCAGCUCUACGCCGUGGUGUCGGAGGAGCCCAUCUACAUCGUCACAGAGUACAUGGGCAAAGGAAGCCUGCUGGAUUUCUUGAAGGACGGAGAAGGACGAGGGUUGAAGCUGCCGAACCUGGUGGACAUGGCAGCGCAGGUGGCAGCAGGCAUGGCCUACAUCGAGAGGAUGAACUACAUCCACAGAGACCUGCGCUCCGCCAACAUCCUGGUGGGAGACAAUCUGGUGUGCAAGAUCGCCGACUUCGGCCUGGCCAGGCUCAUCGAAGACAAUGAAUACACCGCUCGGCAAGGCGCCAAGUUCCCCAUCAAGUGGACCGCCCCGGAGGCUGCGCUGUACGGGAAGUUCACCAUCAAGUCGGACGUGUGGUCGUUUGGCAUCUUGCUCACAGAGCUGGUCACCAAGGGCCGGGUGCCUUACCCAGGGAUGAACAACCGCGAGGUGCUGGAGCAGGUGGAGCGGGGCUACAGGAUGCCGUGCCCCCAGGACUGCCCCAUCUCGCUGCACGAGCUGAUGCUGCAGUGCUGGAAGAAGGACGCCGAGGAGCGGCCCACCUUCGAGUACCUGCAGGCCUUCUUGGAGGACUACUUCACAGCCACUGAACCUCAGUACCAGCCCGGGGACAACCUCUAAACCACCCCCCCCCCUCCAAACCCUCUCUCUCUCUGUCUCUCUGUCUCUUUGUCUCUCUCUCUCUCUCUCUGGGUGGGGGGCAUGGGGGGGCGGCGGCUCGGGGCUGGGACCACGUUGUCAGUGCUGUUAAAAAUAAAAAAAAACUCUGGAGCCUUCCCAGCCUUUAUUUUAGGGAUCUGUACAGCUUCCUCAGCUCAAGCCGAGCGUUUCAGUUCCAACACCAACUCCCAGAAAACACCACCCUGGGUCUCUGACCCCUCCCCCCUCCCUCCCCCCGCUCCCUCCCUCUCGCCCCCUGGUGUCUGAACUCUGCAAAUGCGAUAAUUAGGGGAAGCCGAGGGAUGGACGGGGACAGCUGGGGGUGUGAUUAAUGCAAUGAAAAACCUGUAUUCAGUGUAAAUAAGAAAGGUUUGUUUUAGUUUGUUUUUUUUUUGUUUGCUUCCGUUUAAGAUUUUUAUUUUCUCCUGCACAAAAUAAUAAUAAUGAUAAAAAUAAUAAAGGCAAAGGAAGAUGAGCACCUGAGCAGGCACAGUUCGUGUGUCGGUGUAUUAUACUCUAGGUCCUGGAUUCUUUUCUAGAGAUUGAAUUGGAAGCCUUGUUUAUAUAUAUAUAUAUUUUUUUUUUGUUUGUUUUGUUUUGUUUUUGUUUGACUCUUUGAUUUAUUUUCUUUCUUCUCGACUCCAUCGGCCUCUUUUGGUUUUUCUCGCACUCCCUCCAAAGCUUCCUCACGGCAUCAGUCCUCAGACUGUUUGGACAAAUGUCUCACACCCGUCAGGUGUUUUUUUUUUUUUUUUUUUGGUGAAUUAAAGCAGAGCGUGAGGAUAUCGAACAUAUCCCCCCCCUCCCCUGCUGAUCAUUUGGAGAGAAUCUGGGUGGAACAUCUCUGUGUUGCUUCAGUUUCGCUGGAAGAAAGAAAGCUUGUCUUUGUGGAAGAAGAGUCCGUUUGCCUUUAUUUGAGCCGUCACUCUGAGGCCUCUCCUCAUCGUCGAGGUUCUUGUUUUUUGGGGGCGGGGGAGACGACAUGGAGGGUGGUGCCCCCCCGUCUCCUACUUGUCCUCUGCGUGAGCCUGCAGGGUGCUGACCUGCACCCGAACCUGGACCACCUCAAGUUAUUUCUUCUUUUAUGUUUUACUAACCGUUAUAUUCUCUCCGUUCUUUGAGUCUUUGGUUUUGACAUGUCUUUUUUUUUUGACCCCUUCAGCGUUGGACAGUCAGUUGUUCUGUAAGGUCACAGGAGCUUUUGGGGUCAGUUCAUGCUGCAGUUCAGAAGAGAAAUUCAACAUCUGAGGGUUUUAAAUUCCACUGAACUGAAAAUGAAUGAACCCCGGUCUGGUCUCUGAUCUGGUCUUAAUGCAGGUGCUUUCAUGGUCCGUGGAUACCCCUCAUUUUUUUCAUCCAACAUUUUCAGUUGUACAGCUUAACGGUUAUUAAGUGUGGUUAACUUCCCUCCUUUAAAUCUUUCUUUUCCAUUUUUUUUUUUUAUCAUAACCUGUUUUGUUAAUUCAGUGAUUUGCCGUUUGAAAUUCAGAAAAGAACAAUAAACAUUUUACACUCUU